ACAUUGUGAUCUCACUAUUUUGAGCCUUUUUAGAGUUAUUCUCCAGUCUUGUUAAAAUGUUGCUGUCAAACAGGGUUUUCUUGUCGUUGAAAAGUUUGAGAAAAGUGUCUCCCCGGCGAUGGCAUCAUACUAGUUUAACAAGUUAGUUAAUGGUUUAUUGUCUUGUUUUAAAGACACGUGUCGAAUAAGACAAGUGGGUUUGUUUUCAUUCCAAGUGCAUCAUUUUGGGUCAAGGUGGAGAGAAAUCUGCCAUUACUGAUAUUCAGUGUUUGCUUUUUACCUGUUGUCCUUUCUUAUCUGAUUGUGAAAAUGUGCUAAUAUUAUCCAAGGAGGACUGAAUGUCAGUGAAAAAAGGACUAGCAGAUUAAUAACUGGGCAUACUCUGAGUGCCAAAGUUCUCCCAAGGUAUCUUGGGUAUAGUAAAACGUCUUGCGUUACAACUUCUGCAGUGAGAUUACAAGUAUAUUGUACAAUCAAGAGUGCCAUGGUAUAUGAAAAUGGCAGUUUUGCUGUGACCUAGUAGGAUCUGAUCCGAUCAGAAGGACGUCUGGCCAGAAUAUACGAUCUCAUUAACAACAUGGACAAGAAAGCAACCUGGGACAGAUUUUACACAGAAAACAGCAGGAAAGGAACGUUCAAGAACUUUGAGUGGUUCUUUGGUUUUCAUUCAGUCAAAGAGUUCAUCCUGCCUCAGCUGCAGUCCAUGUCUCACAGUCCUGCACCAUUACAUGUUCUGGAUAUUGGUUGUGGAACGUCAGCUUUAGGGCCUAGUAUCUACACACACUCCCAAUGUGCAGUGAAGGUCACAUGUGCCGAUAUCUCCCCAGUGGCAGUGCGGUUAAUGCAGGAACAUGCUGAAAGCACACCAGUGCAACCCUGCAAUCCAGCCUCCACCCUCGUCUUCAGAGAAAUGGACUGCACAGAGCUGGAAGGACACUUUGAGCCCAGGAGCUUGGCCUUGAUAGUAGACAAAGGUACAACAGAUGCACUGGUGAGGUCCAAAGACGGCAGAGUGAAAGCUGGUCAGAUUGUACGUCAGUGUCUGACUGUGCUGAGACACCCAGGGAGCUUGCUGCAGUUUUCAGAUGAAGAUCCUGAUGCCAGGUUGCUUUGGCUAGAGAAAGAGAGUCAAGGCUCAGAGGUGACAGCUGAUGUAUCAGUACAUGAAGUUGGAGAAUUAAGAGGGGUCACUUACUUCUGUUAUCAAAUAACUCCUUGUACAACCCAACACUGACACCUUGAACAUUAUUCUAUGUUUUGUGUGACAUUUUGCUUUGCAAUUGCAUUUCUCCGUACAUAAAAUGACUGUCAUUAUUCCA